ACGAAAUCUCAUGGAUCACAACACGGUGCUGUCAAAGCAGCACAGUCAGUGUAUUAACGGAAUUUAUGGCUCGCCUACCUCGGCUGAAGGUCGUGGUGAGCUGAAGCCUAUCCCUGCUGACUAGAGGAGAACGGCAGACUCCAUCCUGCAAUGGUCGCCUGUCAAUCAAAAUAGAGACGGAUAACUAUUAGCAAUCACAGCCACACCAUCACUGAGUGAAAACUGCAUCCCGUUACCUGCACAGAAGUGAGUUUCUUCGCCACAAUGGAAGUGAGCAGAAGCAACAUGCUAGAUGUUGGGGUCUUCAACAAGGUCAAAUACUCCCGUCUCGCUGGAGAUGAUGACGGGUACAUUGAAUUACAGUUUAAGAAAAGUCCUCCAAAGGUCCCCUAUAAGGCAAUUGCUCUGGCAAUUUUCCUCUUUUUGAUUGGCUCCUUACUCAUCACAUUUGGGGCCCUUUUUCUGUCAGGUACCAUUGAGGUGGAGCACCCAGAUCGCACCAUCCCUGUCAUCAUUAUUGGGCUUCUUGUUUUCCUUCCUGGAUUUUACCAUUUGAGAAUUGCCAAUUACGCCGCCAAGGGAUACCGAGGUUAUUCUUAUGAUGACAUCCCAGAUUUCGGUGACUGACUGGGGCGUCAGCCAUCUGAGCAUCCACGCUCCCUUUGCCAAACAUAUAUCCAUAAUGAACCACCUGCUGUCUUCUUUCUCCAAGCAUGUAAUGUAUAACAAAUAAGACAAAUGUAUUACGCUGUUCAGUAAUGGCACUCCAUGUUUAUCCCUUGGUGGACUCUACCAGAUUUAAGAUAAUCUUUAUGGUUCUGUAUGAUUUGCUCCACAAGCUUGGAAAACCCUACUGACAGUGAACAAAAAGAGGAGCAGCUUCUUGCCUGCAUCACAACAGCAAUAUUGUGCUGUUCUAUAGUAUGACCUCUAGAAAGACCAAGACCCAGAAUGAAUACUGAAAACAUGUUAAAUUGACUCAAAAUCCGACAGUUUCUUUCUGUUACGGUACUGCUGUGUUGUUACUGAGAAUCGAGGUUGCAUCGCUGUUUCAGUGUCCUGUUUUAAAGGCAAUAUAUACAUGCAUUUAUUUAUAAUGCAUUUAUGAUAUAAUUAUGAAAUUCAGUUUACACUGGGCUGUAUGUUUUUGUUCCACAUCACACACAGAACCAGACCACACAUGCUAAGAUGUGAGAGUUAAGUGUUGCACCCCUAAGCUAACAUGGGAGGUGGUGUGAGGGGCGUCGAUGCCUGGCUUAAGUGCACCUCGACAGUAGUCACAAAGAAGAGGAGAAUCUUUCCAAUAUGUAGUUACUGUUUAUUUUUUGCAAAAGCUGGGCUCAAACUGAUUCACAAGUUCCAAAUGAAAGUCCUUACGGAUGAGUGGUUCUAGUUCCAAAUUACAGUAAAACAUCAAAUUAACAGUCUUUGGAUUUAACGGAUAAAAUCUGCAGAAAUAGUAGUAUCCGUCUGGAGCUGAAAACGCCCGCGCGUAGCGAGCCAAGUUCUUUAGUGGCAGAAUUGACUGCGGUUGUUUACUAGCGCAAUCAGCAGACAGAGCCUGGUAGUUCUGGGAAUAGCCGCUGUUGUAGUCCUUCAGCGCAACUUUCUACACUGAUUUUGGUACAGUAUACAGUAUUGUUUUUGUUAAGCCCUUCAUGAUGGCAUCCAAUUGUAAUGGAGGUGAGAAAAGGAAGCACAAUAACCUUAGUAUUGGUGACAAAUUGGAACUUAUUUAGAAGUUGGAGUUGCUAGUUUCUGUGGCCAGAGUAUAUGAGGAAAAUGACGGUGAAAAAUAAAAACUAAGUGACAUACAAGGCAAGGAAAUACUCCAAGGUUUUGCAGUGAAGUUCGAUGUCUAUAUAUACAUAUAGUAUUUAUUUACAACAAUUUUGUACAAUGUGUUUUUAGGCCACGAACAAAAAGUGUGUCAAAUUAACAGACAAACGGCUUUAACGGACGAACCUCCCCCCUAUUAGUUAAGUUGAGGUUCCACUGCAUUUCCAGCACAAUGAAAAAUAUCAUGCUAAAUCAAAUUACAGCAUAUUUAUGAAGUUUUAUGCUGUUUACGUUAAUACAUUGGGGAAUAUAUUUCGAUAUGUAUUUGACUUUGUAUACUGAAUGAAUUGUUGUGCCAAGCUGUUUGAAUAAAUCAAUAAAACACAAUUAUUUAUUAUA